UAAGACACAGAUACAGAGGAGGGAAAGAAGAAGAAGAAGAACCCCUAAAACCCUUGAGCAACCACUAUGAAUGGAUAGUUGCUGAAGAUUUUUUACUCAAUCGAUACUUCGAGAUGCGAUUUUUGCUUCGUUUACCACAAACCCAUCUGCGGAAACUCUCUUGCUCGAUGUCUGUGCUCAUGGGUUCGAAGCAAUUCCUCGAAUUUUGUCUUCUUCCUUCUUUUGCCGCAUACCCUUCUUCUUCUUCUUCUUCUUCUUCUUCUUCUUCUUCUUCUUCUAGUAUUUCUCCUUCUUAUUCUUCAAGUAGACAAGUAUCUUCCGUUUCAAGACGAUUUCGUCCGGUUCUGGCUUCGAGACCUGUGUCCAAAAACAGUCCUUACUACCAAAGGACCAAUGGUUUAUCAUCUUACAAUUCAAUCUCCAGAGUCCCAACUCCUGUUGACACUGAAGAAGAAGCAGACAAGAGGGCUGUUCUAUCUAGAUUAGUGACUUUGAGGCGUAAAUUGGCGGAACAAGGAAUUGAUGCUGAAAACUGCCCCCCAGGACAGUCUAGUGGCUUGAUAUGUCCGACGUGUGAAGGUGGAAACUCUGGAGAAAAAAGCUUGUCUCUUUUCAUAGCCCCUGAUGGUUCAUCAGCUACAUGGAAUUGCUUCAGGGGGAAGUGUGGGUUAAAAGGUGGAGUACGGGCGGAUGGUAGGUUGGCAUCUGCUGAUCCUAUAGAGAAGGUUGAAAGAAAAAUUACGGUGGAGGGUAUAGAGCUAGAACCGCUCUGUGAUGAGAUUCAAGAUUAUUUCGCUGCAAGAGCAAUUUCACGGAAAACACUCGAGAGAAAUCGGGUUAUGCAGAAAAGAAUAGGUGACGAGAUUGUUAUUGCGUUUACUUAUUGGCAAAGAGGGGAGCUUGUUAGUUGCAAGUACCGGUCUCUAACUAAGAGGUUCUUUCAGGAAAGGAAUACACGGAGGAUCUUAUAUGGUCUUGAUGACAUAGAAAAAACAUCUGAAAUCAUUAUAGUUGAAGGGGAAAUAGAUAAACUUGCAAUGGAAGAGGCUGGUUUUCGCAAUUGUGUGUCUGUUCCUGAUGGAGCUCCAGCGUCGGUUUCUUCAAAGGAAACCCCAUCUGAGGACAAGGACACGAAGUAUAAAUUUCUAUGGAAUUGCAAUGACUAUCUAAAAAAGGCGUCUCGAAUUGUUAUUGCUACUGAUGGAGAUGGACCUGGUCAAGCUCUGGCGGAAGAAAUUGCACGGCGUUUGGGCAAAGAAAGAUGUUGGCGUGUUAAGUGGCCGGAGAAAAGUGAGGAUGAACAUUUCAAAGAUGCAAACGAGGUGCUUAUGUCUAAGGGACCUCAUUUACUCAAGGAAGCUAUUCUAAAUGCUGAGCCAUAUCCUAUACGAGGAUUAUUCCCCUUCAAAGAUUUCUUUGAUGAAAUUGAUGCCUACUAUCAUAGAACACAUGGGCACGAGUAUGGUGUUUCAACAGGGUGGAAAAAUUUGGACAACUUCUAUAGUGUUGUGCCAGGGGAGUUGACAGUUGUGACAGGGAUCCCUAAUUCUGGAAAGAGUGAAUGGAUUGAUGCUAUGUUGUGCAAUCUUAACCAUAGUGUUGGCUGGAAAUUUGCUCUCUGUUCAAUGGAGAAUAAGGUACGAGAUCAUGGCAGGAAACUCUUGGAAAAACAUGUAAAGAAACCAUUCUUUGAUGCAGAUUAUGGGAGAUCUGUCCAACGGAUGAACGUUGAGGAGUUGGAUGAAGGGAAACAGUGGUUGAACGACACCUUCUCUCUCAUAAGAUGUGAGAUGGAUUCACUUCCAAGUAUUGAAUGGGUUCUGGAACGUGCAAAAGCAGCUGUUCUUCGGUACGGGAUUCGAGGACUUGUUAUAGAUCCUUACAAUGAGCUCGAUCAUCAACGUACUUCACGCCAGACGGAGACAGAGUAUGUUAGCCAGAUGCUUACAAAGAUCAAACGCUUUUCCCAACACCACUCCUGCCAUGUCUGGUUUGUUGCUCAUCCAAAACAGUUGCAACAUUGGGACGGCGGUGCACCAAACCUUUACGAUAUUAGUGGCAGCGCACAUUUUAUAAACAAAUGUGACAAUGGUAUAAUAGUUCACAGAAACCGUGAUGAAAAAGCUGGACCUCUUGAUCUAGUGCAAAUUGGUGUGAGGAAAGUACGAAACAAGGUUGCAGGACAAAUUGGUGAUGCGUAUUUGUGUUAUGACAGGGCAACUGGUUUGUACUCGGAUUCUCCAGUGACGCCUGAGAUACCUGAGAGGAGACCAAGCAACCGAUACUGAUCAGUUUGGUGAGUUAUAAAGACCGUCAAACACAGUGGACAUAGCAUUACCGAUAACAUUUGGAACAAAAUUUUAUCCCUUUUGGGUACCAUUAGGCAUUAGCGAGGAAAAAGAUCUUCGUGUGAGAUUCUUACCUUUGUGUUUUAACAGACUGUCUCUGUUAAAAAGAACAAGAUUAUGUCACUACUAUGUAAUGUGGAAUUGUGUAUCGUGGAUCGUGGUGUUUCUCUUUUGUGUCUGGUGGGUCUGAUCUAAAAUGUGACUGAAUUCGAUUUUUGCAAAGCUCUGUGAUCUUUUUGUGCUCUGUCUC